GAUGUAUAAAAUUAAACCAACAUUAUCUGGAAAAAUAGCAUCAUAUUCUUUGGUAGGCUUUGGAUUCAUUUCAAUUGAUAUUAUAACUACUUACAUAGAUAAUUUUUAUAGGCGAAAGUAUUCAGAAGAAUUGUAAUAAAUAUAAGAUGAAUAUGAUGUAAAAAAUUACAUAAUAAGAUAUCGGAACCAUACAAAAUUAAUUAUUUUAGAAAUUUUACUUAUGGAUUCAUGUCUACUAAUUUUAAUUCUAUAUUGCACGUGAAAUUGAAUCAAUUUUUAGGAUCUCGACAAUAUUCAUCCAAAUUUAAAUUAGUACUAAAUCUAAUAUACAAGAUUAUUAGCCCUUUAGCUCCAAUUCCAUAUUACCUAUUUGCUGGAUUUUUGGAAAAUAAGCCAAUAGAUAUUAUAUUCUCAAAUUUAUUGAAUGAUUUGAAGAUAUUAGUUCCAUUUAGGCUUAUUCUGGAUUAUUUAAGAAUAAAUAAUUUCUUUUUCAAAAAGUAAAAACUUUACAAAUAUUCUUUAGACCAUAACCUGGCAGUUCUUUAGUUCCUAAUAAAGCUUUAUUUUUUUGUUUUGUUAUAGCAAAAAUAAUGAACUCAUCGUUAUUAAUAUGUAUGCAUGAUAAGAAAAUAAUGUUUUGA